AUGUCCAGAGAAAAGAGGUCAAACCAUACAGUGAAAAAUGACGAGUUUGCUAAUAUUGAAGAACUAGAAAAACAGAGUAUGGGCAACGAACAGGUUCAAAUAACUAACAAAGAUGCCGGCGACGAGAAUUUUGUAUCUAAAGUACACAAGAGUGGUAGCGAUGAAGAUGUUAAAAGUGGGAGUGAAUCUAAUGCGGGCUCUGAUGCUGACGGUGUUACUGGUGUAAUUCGAAUCAAGGAUCCAAAAAGGAAGAAAUUAAAAUUAUUGCAAAGAUUAUCUUCGCUCAAUGCAUUUUUUGCAGAUACAUCUGAACCAGUUUCAUUAUUUUCACAUGAAAGGAAACAAAUAGAAAAAGAACAACAGCAAAAUUAUAAAAACUUGCAUGUACAAGAUAUUACAGAACAGGCACAAUCUGAUUUGGCUAUCAAGGUAGCUGAUGAAGCUAUUAGAACAAUAAAAGAAAAUAAGUAG